AUGGCGGCUAAAUCGGACGGGGUCCUGAAGAUGAAGAAGAGUGACGUGGCCUUCACCCCCUUGCAGAACUCCGAGCACUCCGGCUCGGUGCAGGGGCUCCACCCGGGCGGCCAGCUCGACUCUGCGUGCACCGGGGACAGGGACUUCGCCAACGGGGAGUCGCGGUGCUGCGGUGGGGGAGGCACCAACUCGACGUGCCUUCGCCUGGGCAGGGAGCAGCAGAAAUACACAGUGUGGGACUGCCUGUGGAUCGUAGCCGCAGUAGCCGUGUAUCUGGCCGAUGUGGGCACCGACGUGUGGUUGUCGGUCGACUACUACCUCCGCCGCGAUUACUGGUGGUUCGGCCUGACGCUCUUCUUCGUGGUUCUGGGCUCCUUCUCAGUGCAGCUCUUUAGCUUCAGAUGGUUCGUUCACGACUUCAGCACCGAGGACGGCGCAGAAUCCGCCGCCGAUUUCUCACACAUGGAUGGGAAUAAGCUGCUGAGCGGGUCGGCCUCACACGGCGACGUUACUGCUCAACAUCACCCGGCCACGCCACAGAGACAGGCGUCGACCGCUAGCAAGAACACCACGACCAACAGCACUGCGAGCACCGCGGUGGGCAGCAGGAGUAGGAAACGAUCGGCCUACUACUCCUUUUGCGUCUGGUUUGGCCAGUCCGUCAUCCAUAUCCUCCAGCUGGGCCAGAUAUGGAGGUAUUUCCAUACCAUCUAUCUGGGUGUUCGGAGUCGUCAGAGUGCUGAGACAGAGCGUUGGCGUUACUACUGGAGGAUGGUCUAUGAGUUUGCAGAUGUGAGCAUGCUGCAUCUGCUGGCCACCUUUCUGGAGAGUGCUCCACAACUGGUGCUGCAGCUGUGCAUCAUCAUACAGACACACAAGCUCCAGGCUGUGCAAGGUAUGACAGCAGCAGCCUCCCUUGUCUCUCUGGCUUGGGCCCUGGCCUCCUACCAGAAGGCCCUGCGAGAGUCUCGGGAUGACAAGAAGUCAAUCAGCUACCUGGCUGUCAUCAUCCAGUUCUGCUGGCACUUCUUCACAAUUGCAGCGAGGGUCAUCACUUUUGCACUGUUUGCCUCUGUGUUUCAACUCUACUUUGGCAUUUUCAUCGUCCUGCACUGGUGCAUCAUGACCUUCUGGAUUGUCCACUGUGAGACAGACUUCUGCAUCAGCAAGUGGGAGGAGAUUGUGUUUGACAUGGUAGUGGGCAUAAUCUACAUCUUUUCCUGGUUUAAUGUCAAGGAAGGAAGGACAAGGUGUCGGCUUUUCAUCUAUUACCUGGUGAUCUUGGUGGAGAAUGCUGCUCUUAGUGCGUUGUGGUAUCUCUACCGUUCGCCUCACACCACUGACGCCUUUGCAGUUCCAGCACUCUGCGUCAUCUUCAGCAGUUUCCUCACUGGAGUGGUUUUCAUGCUCAUGUACUAUGCCUUUUUCCAUCCCAAUGGGCCACGCUUUGGACGCUCGCUGAGCAGCCAGGGCCUCAACCUGGACCCCACUGCUCAGUUCUCCACACUACCAUCAGAAGGUGCCACCAACUCAUUGCGCUCCAACAGAGGUGCCACCACAACUCUGGAGCGCGACACGGGGAAAUAUUCUGAGCGGGAUGGCUGCAUGCCAGUGUUUCAGGUCCGACCCACAGUGCCAUCCACUCCAUCAUCUCGUGCUCCACGCCUUGAAGAGACCGUUAUCAAGAUCGACCUUUGUAGGAAUCGCUACCCAGCCUGGGAGCGUCAUGUCCUCGACCGUAGUAUACGCAAGGCAAUCCUGGCCAUAGACUGCUCCCUGACUCCUCCACGACUGCAGUACAAAGAUGAUGCUCUGGUGCAGGAGAGGUUGGAAUAUGAGACCACUUUAUAG